AUGCACAGGGAAUUCAACGAAUCAUUACUUUGCUGUCUUCCCAAGCAGGCCAGCGGGGCCGAUGAUAGCGGCGAGCUGUUCUACGAGGCGUCCGGCACGAGACCCCUCAGCACUGCGAACACCGACUACAGGGUCAUAACGAGUGCCCUCCGAUCACGUUGGGAGCAGCCGAUAGCACCAGUGGUGGUUGACCCCCAGCGUGGCUUCCUUCACGGUCGGUCCAUGCUCAGGAACAUCGUGGACACUGCACACGAAGCCAUGGAGGCCUUCCUACAGGAGCGAGACGCCGAUUUGGUCCUCUUCGAAUUCGUCGCGGCCUUCCCGAGCGUAUCCUGGAAGUACUUGAUCGCUACGGCGAGUGCGGUAGGCUCUCCUUCAUGCGCCACUAACGUCCUGACGUCGCUCUACCAGCACACGGUCGGCCAGCUGCUGCUCAGAGGGCGGAUGUUCGGCGACAUGCCCAUGGAGGCCGAAAUCGCGAAGCAACCAGCGAUGCCGCAGCUCACGUCGGCGGCCACGGGCAAGUACUUGGACUUUUACGUUGACCCAGGAAAGGGGCACCUCUCUUGGGCGCGCCCGACUCAGAAACUCCAGGAACGGCUGCAACAUUGGAAUUGGGGCGAGUUCCGCUUGCACACGGCUUUCCGCAUCUACGAGAUUUCCGUUUUGCCGGUGCUCCUAUCUGUUGUCAAAUUGGAAUAG